CGCCCGCCCACCCGCAUGCAGCCGCCCCGCCCCGCCUCGCCAAUCUACCUACACUUUCAUUCAAUUUCCGGACCAGCCCAGUCGACGCCGUCGCAAAUCUCGCACGACGAACCAGAAAUUCGCACUCACUCAACAUAUGCUACCCGGUCGACUGCUCGCUUUUCUGUCUUGUAUACAGUGAGAACAGGGUGCCGCUCUCCCUCGGGGGGAUAGACCUCCCCACCACCCUCCCUGCAAAACUUCCAAAAUACCCCUGGAAGUCGAGUCAGCAUUUUGGCGGUGCUGUGAGGACCUUUCGGACGCCUCCGCCAGAAAUGUUUUACGGCGAUGUCCGCCCCAUAACUCUUAUGACACCCGGGGCGACGAUGAGCACGGUCACGUGGGCGCGCGGCCGCGCCGGCUCCGGUGCUUCGGGCGAACCUUGGCCCAGUGGAUAAGGGCUCUAUAGGCUCGGCGGCUACCUUCACCGGGGUCGCGUGACGCGUGUCUACGCUGGGCCUGUAGGCCGGGGGAGGGGCUGGAGGGGAGGGGCCGGGGGGCGGCAGUCUCCGCGGGCGAGGGACCGCCCCGGCCGGCCUUCCCUUUUGGCGUAUAAAACGUACCGAGCAGCAAAACAGAGCAUCAGUUCAUCCCGGUCCGCUGCAUCCCGCAGUUCGAACCGCAGUCCCAAGCAUGUCGUCGGCGAAGUGCAUCGCGGUGCUCGGCGCCGUGCUCGUGGCGUGCGCCCUGGCCAGCGCCAGGAAGCUGGCCCACGACAAGACGGCGCCCGUACCCCAGGCCUGGCAGUACGACCUCUCCGCCGAGACGGUGGGUGAGGCCCCCGAGAUGGCGUCCCCCGCCAACGGCACCUCCCUGCUGUCGGAGCACGAACGGCAGACCUUCCUGGAGUGGAUCCUGGGGCUCACCGGCGGCGGCACCACCACCCAGGAGCCCGACCGCGAGCCCGUCGUCCCCACCAAGUGCGCUGCUUGCACGUGCGGCCUUACCAACAAGAGGACGCGCAUCGUGGGCGGCCAGCCCGUGCAGGUCAACCAGUACAUGUGGAUGGCGCUCCUCAUGUACGACGGCCGUUUCUACUGCGGCGGCACCCUCAUCAGCUCCAAGUACAUCCUCACCGCGUCGCACUGCGUGGAUGGCUUCCAGCGCCCCAAGAUCUCCGUCCGCCUGCUCGAGCACGACCGCAGCUCCUCCAGCGAGACCAGCACCGUGGACCGCAAGGUCGCGCGCGUCAUCAAGCACCCCGGCUACUCGGACUCCACGUUCAACAACGACAUCGCGCUGCUCCGUCUGGACCGCGCGCUCGAGUUCGACGAGACACUGCGGCCCGCGUGCCUGCCGCCCAUGGGCAAGUCCUUCACCGGCCUCGACGGCGUGGUGACGGGCUGGGGCGUGAGCAUGCCCGGCGGCAACACCAACCAGAUCCUGCACGAGGUCACCGUGCCCAUCAUGAGCAACAAGGAGUGCCGCAAGUCCAACUACGGCGCCAAGAGGAUCAGCGACAACAUGCUGUGCGCCGGGUACCCGGAGGGUAAGAAGGACUCCUGCCAGGGCGACAGCGGCGGCCCGCUGCACUACGUCAACGGCACCUUCCAUCACGUCGUUGGUGUCGUGUCCUGGGGCGAGGGUUGCGCCAGGCCCAAGUACCCCGGCGUGUACGCGCGCGUCAACCGCUACCUCACGUGGAUCAAGAGGAACACCAAAGACUCGUGCUUCUGCGACCAGCAGGGCAACGGCUUCACCCACUUCCCUGCGGUGGAAGCGACCACGGCCGCGAGCCCGGCCGCGAGCAUGGCCGCGGGCAUGGCCGCGAGCACGGCCGCCUCCGAGGGCGCCAGUGCCGCCACCACCGUAGCCUCCGCGGUCUCCACGGCCCAGGCAGCCGGUGCGUCACGAGUCAACGACGAGUAACCUGGUCCACCUGGUCACGUGACUGCGCCGCUACACCCGCUUAGUUUCCACUUGCAGUCGGAACCACGUGACUCAUUAUGACUGAGUGAUUUAGCCAUAAGACUGUGACGUGACAUAAUUGUUGUUGAAGACUGAGCAGAGUAACGGAGGAAGUGCAAAUUCGUAUUUUCUCCUGUUUGGUUCACAACAAACGCUCUCCUUGAUGAAAUAUCUCAUUGUUAUUACUGUUUAAUCUGUUAUGUUUGAAAUAAAUAUUUAUUUUUUGCCCUUAGUA